AUGCAUUCCAACACUGCUUUCAUCGCCCUUUCCGCCCUCGCUGCUCUCGUCCCAUCUGCCCUUGCAGGUGAAAAAGUUGGUGCAGCCAACAUCCAGAAUGCCUGUGGGAAAGACGUCUACGUCUGGUCAGUCGCCGACUCGGCUGGAGAGAAGAUGAUCACCCUUAAGGACGGCGAGACCCACACCGAGACCUACCGUCCCAACAGCAACGGUGGUGGCAUCUCCAUCAAGAUGAGCACCGAUCAAAACCACAAGGAUAUUUCGCAGUUUGAGUACACUCUGAAGGAGCCUCAAAUCUUCUACGAUCUAUCCAACAUUGACGGUUACCCAUUCGCGGAGGGUGGCAUCAGUGUCCACCCAACCGACUCCAGCUGUCCCGCAGUCAUUUGCGAGGGUGGCAUCAAGCAGUGCAAGGAGGCCUAUAACCAGCCAAAGGAUGACCAUGCCACUCAUGGUUGCCCUCAGGAAUCUGACCUCAACGUUGUGCUCUGUGCUGGUGGUGGCUCUGCCGGCCCAAAGAAGAUGUUCAAGCCAGUGGAGAAGGCUGCCAACCGCCCUCGCCACCCCCAUGCUCGCCCAGAGUAA